UAUUUGUGAGUGCUUGCACCUCUGGCCUUAAUUGUUGGGAUCAAACAAGAACAGAAUUGUAGCACGUCGGAUGCGAAUUCCGGUCGCAGCUUAAUGAGUGUUGUGUUCCUUUGAUCCGCAGUCUCAGUGAUUGCCGUGUAACAAACAGUAUUUUAAAAAGGGGAGAAACAUUGAGAUGCUCUGUACUCAGCGCUACGUCAUCAUUCUCGAUUAAGCAAGGAACAAUAGUCGUCCCAAAACAAUCGAUGGUGAAGGAGCUCGUAUACGUUUUUUGCUUCUUUCAAAACUAUAUUUAAGAGAGCGCAAUGAGCUGACUAGUCAGUUAUGCAUUGGUUUCAAUCAGCUUUGGUUCUCUUUCAUUUCCUCUCUCUUUCUUGGAAUAAAAGACGCAUAACAAACGCGUGCUUGCGUUUAUAUAAACCAAUUACUAUAUAGCAUCCACCAUCAUCAGUUGCGUAAAAACAUUUUCUUAUUCCGAAUCGAUUUGACUAGGCAUUUUCCGACUUCACGACGAUGAAAUUAUAUUUUGACGGGUGCGUUGAAAACACACACGUUAGGAUUCAUUUACUUUGUGCUACGUCAAGGAGACGCUAGAGGCUACGGUUAGUUUCGAUUCAAAUCUGUUAUCAACUUAAAGAAAUCGGCGUGAAAAGAGCGAUGUUUCGGUACACACAAGUGUAUUGAUCGAAUCAUCAUACAACUCACUUAAUGAGCUGAUGAAGCAAGAGGAGAAAUGCGCAUUCACCAGCAGAACUGAAUCAAGGCGAUGAUUAUUUACUUUGUUCUCGUUAUAAAUUCCUUCGUUUAACUUCGUAUUAGAGUAUAACUUUUGCGUUAAAGAAACGCAUCGCACAAUGUCGUCCCGACUGAACGGCGCAUGUGCAUCCAUCGACAACACCUUGCCCUGGAGUCGCUUGUCCUUCUCAAAGUAACUCUCCAACUUGCGACUGGAUCGGACGAUUCGAAUCUGUUCAUCCGUUUUUGAUAUCGCAUAAGAAGAAAUCAAACCUCCAUUUUUUAUUGAGUAUAGUUUCAUUCGUUUUCGACAUGGAAGACACUACUUUGCCGUCGAGACCGACUGUUCAAGUAUCGCAGGAAGUGCUUACCAUCACUGGGAUCUUCCUCACCAUCGUCGCUGUUAUGUCGACUUUGGGAAACGGAUCCUUUAUUGCUGUACUGGUGCGCAGCCGAGGUUUCCGUCGCGACGCUCAUCUCAUUUUGCUGUUGAGCAUGGCCACAUGUGACCUCGGGGUAUCGUUCUUCGGCUACCCGUUCAACAUCAUUUCUUGCUUUUCGGGCACUUGGGUCUUUGGCGAUUUCUUUUGCAAAUUUUACGCAUUCACGUGUUUCACGUUGGCUAUGAUUUCUGCCAACACGCUGGUGAUUGUUUCCAUAUUCCGUUACAUCAUCAUCUGCAGGCCACAAAGCAAACAUCGCUUGACUCCUCGCCUCAGCUGCAUUUGCAUCAUUUUCACCGUCGGCUACGCUUUAAUAUUCACCAUGUCUCCGUUGUUCGGUUGGUCGGCGUACACUUACGAACCCUUCGGAGCCUCGUGCUCAUUCGACUGGUAUGACCAGAGCCACAACGGACUAAGUUAUUCAAUCUCGGCCACCAUUUUUUGCUACGUCGUUCAUCUGUCCAUCAUGAGCGUGUGUUAUCACAAGAUUUACAAGCGUGUUUCGCAACUGAAACUGGAUCCGCUCACUCCGCCCUUGUCUUCCGAUUUGCUCAAUGAAGAGGAGGACAAAUCGUGUUUGAGUCGCAUUUGCUUUGAUGCAGCCCUCAAUUUUGAACUCGACCAUUUGAAUCAGCACAGGAAUCAAAGGACUUACAAGAUUGAAAUUCAAGUUCUUAAGCUGAACGUGCUAAUGGUGCUAACGUUCUUCAUCAUAUGGUCUCCCUACGCCAUCAUGUCCUUUGUUUCCAUCUAUCAUCCGGACUUGCCGGCUUUCUGGUACAUCUUCCCGACGGUGUUUGCUAAAAUGUCUUGCAUGAUGAAUCCACUGCUCUACGGCUUGACCAACUCUUCGCUGCGUCGCGAAUUGCGUCAUUUGUGGCAAGACAUGUGCUGCCAGAGAAAAGUCAACGUCGGGGACCGUCACUGCCGUUACCGCAAUCGCAGAGACCCGAAAGAUGGAGAGAUUGACCGGCCGAUAUACGACAAGGAAGGAGUGUAUCUAGGCAAAGUGAACCAGGGCACUUGCAUGUGCUCCGGAUGCGUCGAAUCGCGCAGAGAGGUCGAGAUGCUGAUCCGGCUGCAGACGCAACGCUCACGGGACUCGGAGCUCAACGCAACAGUCGUUAGCGUGUGCAAGGAAGAAGCGCAACUGCACGACCAGCAGAAAACGAAGAACGAGCUCACGGUUGAAGAUUGAUCAGCAUCCCGACUCUACACCUGUACCAAUGCCCGUCGGGGAUCGAAAUCCACGUGGAUUUCUUGAGGGAAAUAACGCGCACGUUCAACACGUAACGUGAAAGACGUUUAUGCUCGUUAACAAAAACAUUACGGUUUCUUAACGUAACACAAAAUCAAUAAUUUCAGGAUAUAGAUACGGGAAACAGGGGGAACCAGGACUUAAAAAAAUGCUUAUGUUACUGCAAUUUUUCUUUAUUAAAAAAAAAAAAUUGAUUUCCUUUGUCGCGCAGACCUUACACCCCCUUUCGGUAGAUUAUGAUAUCAUGGCGUUUAUUUGAACGCAAGUUAUACAGAAAGAAGAGAAGACAAGCUUAUUUUAAUUAAUUGUGUCUUACUAUUAUUAGAUAAACAAAUACCACGCGACCAUGCUAUUGUAAUUACCAAGCCGCUAUAAAAUUUGGCUGUUUUUCUUCUUCUAUGUCCACCAUCAUCUUUCUCUUUCGUAUGAUCUUCUCAAUUUCGUCGGCGAACUUGUAUUUCAGAACAUUCCAAUUUGUAUAUGUACAUACGCGUACAAUAUCGUAUAAUAUCGAAAAUAGACCCCCAACAUUUAUUUUUUCCUCAUUCGAAAAUGAAGGGCCAAAGUGUGUUGCACACGUUUUCUCAUCCCAGUUUACGUAAGCAUGACGCCCUCAGUUGGGACCAAGUUUCCCGUGACGGCCCAUGUACAUAAACUGUAUAUUUACGUCUUAAUGGUACAACAUUCGGCGAUGGCUGCUUCUGCAUAACUGCGCUGACAAUAUUGACAUUUGGUGCCCGUGAACCUCGUGAUUGCGUUUUUUUUUUAUUUACCUCUUCUCUCGCUAUUUCAUUACAAUUUCCCGAUAUUUGCCCGUGUCGAUUUUUCCUAUUUAAUCCGCGAUUAUAUCCUCUUAGAAGAGAACGAAAGCUUCGUGGGGGUGUCUGGCUAGCCGCUCUUUACCGUUCUCCCUCGUAAAGCGGUUGAGGCGACAGUAAGAAGGUUGUGCCAAUUCUUCCAGUUUAUUCAAUAUUUUCUUCCUUAUGCCUCGUACUGAAGAGACCACACAGCACGUGAAUGAUGCCUCUGCGGAAAGAUGAACUUGACCUUUUCCAAACUCUUUCCACGUGUCGUCCUUUGUACCCGUUUUUAUGUCGAUGUCUAGCAACGCCCCCGGAUGAUUGGAUAAUAAAACUCGUAUAGACAUAA